CCGGGCUGCAGUGACGUCUUCGUGACGUCACGCUCGGACUUCCGGGCGCAGCUGCGGCGCUGCCAGCGGCUGCUGGCGGCGGGCGGGGGUCCCGGCGGGGGUCCCGGUACCGGGGAGCUGCGGCUGCACGGGCUGGGGCUGGCCGUGCCCCGCACCAUCAACCUGGCGCUGCAGCUGCAGGCGGGCGCGGGGGGCGCGCUGCGCGUGCACGCCAGCACCUCCUCCGUGCCGCUGCGCGACCCCCGGGAGGGCGGCGAGACCCCCCGGCACAACUCCGCCAUCCACAUCCGCCUGUGCCGGGAGGCGCCGUGCGCCUGAGGGGCACCGGGAGCGGCCCCCGAAACUGGGGGGCACCG